AUCAGGAAUCUUGUUUGUCCAGAAGAACUCCCCUGACAAUCGACCAACCUUCCUCCUGCCGCACAUUCUCUGACGCAAGGGAAGGAGAGCUGUAUCACUCCGAGAGAGAAACAGACGUCUGUGUCCAAACGCUUCUCUCUCCUGCCGUGGACAAAACCUCUUCACCAUGGGGAGGAUUGGCAAGGAAGUGGCAGGUCAGAUCAUUAGCUUCGUGGGCCUGGUCGGGGUGGCGGUGACCUGUGGUGUCCCCAUGUGGAGAGUGACCACUUACAUCGGAGCCAACAUUGUGACGGGCCAGAUCGUGUGGGACGGCCUGUGGAUGAACUGCGUGAUGCAGAGCACGGGACAGAUGCAGUGCAAGCUGAACGAGUCUGUGAUGAAGCUGUCCCCGGAUCUGCAAGCCGCCCGAGCUCUGGUCAUCAUCUCCCUCAUCUGUGGCUUCAUCGGCUUCAUAGUCACCUUCAUCGGAGCCAGGUGCACCGGCUGCCUGAAGAAAGAGGCAUCACAGGCCAAUGUGGUGAUCAUAAGCGGCUGCCUCCUCAUCCUGGCCGCCAUCCUGGUUCUCAUCCCCGUCUGCUGGUCCGCAACCAUCACCAUCACAGACUUUCAGAGCACCCUGAUCGUCCAGACACAGAAGAGAGAAAUCGGAGCGUCCAUCUACAUCGGCUGGGCCUCGGCUGCCAUCCUCCUGAUCGGCGGGAUCAUCCUGACCACCUCAUGUCCUCCUCAAAAGCCCAUGUAUGGAUACCCAGGCUACCCACCAGCACCAAUGUACCCGUACACAGGCCCAGGGGCAAACCCAGCAACAUACGCCCCAGUGUACGCGCCUGCAUCCAGCGGACCAUACACAGCAACAGGGUCGUAUGCACCCACCAAACCGUAUGCAGCACCCCCCACAUACUCUCCUAGACAGUACCUCUAGAAGCUGAGAGACUUCAGGGAAAUCAAAACAGACUUUGCAUUUCUAGAGGCUGGUAGGUUUUCCAAUAAACUGUUGGAAUAAAUUCACUCAAGCCAUCAAUGCAAUGUUUGUUUAUUGUGAAUUUUUCAUCGAAUGUUUCUCUGUUUUUUUUUUGAUUCAUCGUGCUCUAAAGUAGAAAUCCAGUCGAGUCACAUCGUGUGAGAAAUGUUGCAUCAACAUGCCUGUGUGCACUGUGGUUGGAAACGUUUAGCAGUUAAUAUAUUUAUUUACUUGUCAUCCAGAGAAUAUUUUGUACAUAGUGAUGAUUUGUGAUUUGUUUGUUUGCUGCCACUUCCUUUUUUUUUGUGAUUAUUCAAAAUAAAACGUUUGUACAACA